AUGCAUUUCAAUAUUAUAAUCGCUCACUUUGCUGGCUUUCUCGCGGUCGCAUCAGCAAAAGACUCGCGAACAUUUGCUGUGAAUCACUUCUAUGGCCAAGGCCCGCUGACUGAGGGCCGAAUGGAUCCUAUCGUUAGUCCCGGUACAGCAUCUAGCCAUGUACAUGCUAUCCAAGGAGGAAGUAACUUCAACCUGACCAUGGAAAAUGAUGCCUUGCUUGACUCUGCCUGCACCUCUUCUUUGGUGGCUGCAGACAAAAGUAACUACUGGACUCCAUCUCUAUACUUCCAAGACCCAGCGAAUGGCAGUUUCAUCUCAGUUCCAAUGUUCUACAUGAACGUCUAUUAUUUCUUUGAACCCACCGAUGAUGAAAUUGAACCUUUCCCAGUCGGUCUUCGCAUGGUCAGUGGGAACAACAGUGCCCGAACACCACCACCUGGCGGCGCUGCCAAUGUACUAGACACGAACGCUGGCACCAUACAACCCGUUCAAUGGACUUGUCCUCGCUCUUCGUACGAUCCGCCUUCAUACCCUGCAACGUCUGAUGGCCUGCAUGGCGUCGGCAUUCAAGAUCCGAAUAACAAAGGAGCUGGAGCUGGCUUCCCGGAUAUGAACUGCGACGGCUACGCGUCCCCUCUGCGAGCUGAUAUUCACUUCCCUUCAUGCUACAACCCUAAAGCUGGCCUGGAUGCUUACGAGACCAACAUGAUAUUCCCUAGCAGUAAGGGGACUACUGGCGGUAAGGCGAAUUGCCCCGAGGGUUGGAUUCACCUUCCGCAUAUUUUCUACGAGGUAUACUGGAAUACUCCGCUGUUUGCAGAAAUGUGGGAACAGGGACAGGGCUCGCAGCCCUUCAUUCUAGCCAACGGGGAUCGUACUGGUUAUUCUCUUCAUGGAGACUUUAUUGCUGGUUGGGAUGUGGAUGUCUUACAGAAGAUUAUCAAGAACUGCGAUGCCGGAGAUUCGGGUAUGGACAAGUGUGCGGAUGCUGGCAUGAUCAACGAUUCCGCCAAUAGCUGUAACAUUGCAAAUCUUGUCCCCGAAAAGAUCUCUGGUGUUCUAGAAAAGCUACCUGGUAACAAUCCUCCAACUGGAUGGGGUCAAGGAGAAGCUGCACUACCCAGUACAUCGCAGUCAACAAAUCCCAAGGCAACAACCAGCGUGAUAUCGACAUCGAAGACAGAGACCGAGUCUGAGUCAACCACUACAUCUAAAGCCUCUACGACCCAAACUGAUAAUACUAGCUGGUCUUAUCUCGGAUGCUAUUCUGACAAUACAUCUACCCGAGCAUUGAGUGGAGUUCAAUUCGCCGACCUGGGCAUUGGAAAGGUCACUUCAACUGGCUGCAUGAAGUACUGCGGCGACGCAGGCUUCAGCUUGGCAGGCACUGAAUACGCUGGACAAUGUUUUUGUGGAAACAAGAUGGAAGGAAGCUCGAAGAUUGCGGCAGAGAAUUGCGACAUGCAGUGUGAAGGUGACGCCUCUCAAGUUUGCGGCGGUAGCUCAGCCUUAAGUGUGUAUGAGCAGGCCGUAAAGAUUGAAUCGAAGAGAGCGAGUGCACACUUCCGUCGCCAUAUGCACGGAAAGCAUACUUAG